AUGGCUUGGAGAGAGGAGGUAAAUGUUGGUGUCGCGAACCCUGGUAUGCGGCCUGUUGUGGCUGGUCGCCUAUGGCAACAAUCUAAUCUCAUCCCGCCUCGAGGCCAGGGAGCAGUGACAAUGGGUAUAAAUGGAAUCUACAAGGAAAUCGGUCCUGGUCAGCGCAUAGCCCUCUCAAAACUUGCAGUCGAAAAGUUCGAAGAGACCGGCAGGCCGUUGCGCAUCGCUAUUGAUGUAUCGAUAUGGCUAUUUCAAAUCCAAGCGAGUAAAGGUAUGCAUGAAUAUCAUUUCAGUGGUACAAAUCCGGCCCUGCGAACCUUCUUCUACCGUCUCCUCCGCCUGAUAUCGCUCUCUAUCCACCCCAUAUUCGUCUUCGAUGGACCGAACAAGCCUCCAUUUAAGCGAAACAAGCGCACCGGGCGAAAUGUAGCGUCAAUUCCCGAAUUCCUAGCAAAGCAGCUCCUCAAUCAGUUUGGCUUUCCAGUACAUCGUGCGCCAGGGGAAGCUGAGGCAGAGUGCGCAUUGUUGCAGCGAGAAGGCAUCGUAGACGCUGUUCUUAGCGAGGAUGUGGACACGCUCAUGUUUGGCAGCGGGGUCACCAUUCGGAAUUGGUCACCUGAACUGAAGACCAGCACGACACCGACCCAUGUCAAUGUGUAUGAUGCGAUCAAGACGAAGCAUGGCCCUUCAGGACUCGAUCGCGAAGGCAUGAUACUUGUUGCCCUUAUGAGCGGAGGAGAUUACGUCCCUGAGGGCAUUCCGGGCUGCGGUCCGAAGACAGCAUGUGAAGCCGCAAGAGCUGGGUUUGGCAGAGACCUGUGCAACGUCGCGAAGAAUGACGCUAUUGCCAUGAAGAGCUGGAGAGACCGACUGCAACAUGAGCUCAAGACAAACGAGAGCAAGUUUUUCAAGACAAAGCACAAGUCUCUAGUAAUACCAGACGACUUUCCCCGCGCGGAUAUUUUGGGUUAUUAUACGCACCCAGCAAUAUCAAACAAGGCCGGACUGGAUAAGCUAAGACGCUCCAUCGAGUGGGAUCAAGACUUUGAUUUUCCGGGACUGCGCCGUUUCACCAACGAUGCAUUUGAUUGGGCGAAGCUUGGAGGAGCGAAGCAUUUCAUUCGGAAUCUCGCCCCAGUCUUGCUAGUCCGCCAUCUACGGAUGAGAGGUGAAGGCGGCGGGUCAACUUUAGACGAUCUCACCUCGGUUCAAGACGAGGAAGCACAGUUGGUCAAGGGCAUCCAUGGAAAGAGACAACACUCCGUGACAGACAACACUCCCGAGCUUCGUGUCAGCUUCAUUCCCCUGGACCUCGUCAAUAUUGACUUGGAUAAAGAAGACCCAGAUGAUGAUCUGCCAGAAUCUACUUCAGAUGACGAGACACCUUUGGAUAUUGAAGAUGGGGAGCCAGACACUGCUGCUAAGAAACGAGGGCCGACAAAAUUCGACCCCAGCAAACCUCUACGGGUCUGGGUGAUGGAAACCUAUGUAAAAGUCGGCGUGCCUUUGAAAGUCCAGGAUUGGGAAGCCGCAUGGGUGAAACCUAAGAGAGCGGCUACUACGAAGGACGCCACUAAACCAGCUCCGAAAACAAAGGGUGCAAAAAGAGCGAACACGACCUGUAGCAUGGCCGGAGGUGCGAUUGAACAGUAUGCGAAGGUCACUAAGCCUGGUAUCAAGUUGUGUCAGGUUUUAGCAAAUGCGCAAAACAAGGCUGGAAGAACUCCAAUGGUGCGAGGCGGCAGUAUACCAACGUUACGUUCAAGAGGGCUCCCAGCCGCUUCAGGGUCCUCUAACAGGACCAUCAUCGACCUCCUAUCUUCGUCACCAGCGAAGCUAUCAGCUGCCCCUCCAACCCGACAGGGAACAGAGAAAUCUCUGGCACCAGUGCUCGAGCUUCCCCCAACAGUGGCGAAGCGGAGACGAGGUCUAUUGCAGCGUUCCCAGACUCCUCCAGCUAGUCCUUCCACCCUAGACCGGCUCUCAACUCCUCCACCGAUGAAUUUGAUAGAGACUCUCGAUCUUGUCAGCUCGCCGGCACUGCCAUCUCCGCCCCAGCUCCCCGCUAAGAAAGUAAAGACACAAGUAACAAGAAAUCCUCGGACAUCACGCGCAGUACGCCUAACAUCCGUGCUCUCCUCCCCCGGAACGAGAUCGAAACAAACCACCUUGGAUGUAUGGUCUCAAUCCUCUUCCACCACAACACCAACCAAGAAUACAGUAGCCACGACACCCGUAGGCAGAGCACCCGUUCCCGCCCCACCUGGACUUCAACCCUCGUGCAUUAAUAUCAAAACCUUGGACUUGACACUCUCUUCGCCCCCAAAAUCACCGCCAACACGGUCAAGCCGCCCAAUAAACCCCCGCCGAACUAACCUUAAAGCGUCCCGACCUCGACCUCGACUUCGAUCGAUAUCCUCAAACAUAUCUCCUUCACCCACAUCCACACCCUCACCUACCGCAUCCCAUCACUCUAAAGUUUCGCGCCGAACAUCGCCUCGACUCCAGAAGUCCUCACCACUAGAAAUUGACACCGUUGAUCUAACCCAGUUCUCUCCUCCAUCCACAUCAACCAUCCAACCCCCCCCUAGAACCUCAAAUUCGCUAACCAAGUCAACAUCCACCUCCUUCGCAUUCACCAAACCCGCCCCACUUCCCUCCAAAACUCCACCUAGCCACACCCCUACUCUCCCAGUAUCACCACCACAAACCAGUCAACCGCCCACUUGCUCCCUCAACCGCUCCCCACGCAACCAUCUCAUUUCCCGACCCUCGAACUCUUCGCCUGCAGCGUGGAAACAACAGCAGAAGAAAAAGCGCGUAAUCCGUCUCCGAGAGAGUAUGGCUGGAUCGUGGGCUUUCGUGGACGCGGAUACGGUGUCUAGUAGUCCUGAGAAUGUGGCCGGGAAUAACGUGGGAUUGAAGGGUCGAGAGAGGAGGAUGUGGAGGGAGAGUCAAAUCCAGGUUCUAGAUUUAUCAUGAGGGGGAAGGUGGG